CCUGAAUCAUCCCCUCGCCAAGGCGGUGGAUUUUAAGUUCUUCUUCUACAAAUUUGACAUCCCGACCAGGAGACAAUAACCACUUCGGGAGCUUGUUGAGUGGGCACAAGCGGCCAGACAUCAUGGCCAACUUCUCCAUCCGGAAGUACAAGACCCGGGACUAUGACAUCGUGCGCCUGCUGUUUGCGCAGGGAAUGAUCGAGCAUCUGCCCCCCACCUGCAUCUACCUCCUGAAGCUGCCCCGCGUCCACUUCGUCCUCAUGGUCACCUUCAUCUCCUUGCUCGUGCUCUCCAGGUCCUACCUGCUGUCCUUCCUGUGCAUGACGGCCGUGCUGGCCGCCGGCUGGCGGCUCCUGAAGGCCGAGUUCCACCGUUACGUGGAUCAGUGUUACGGCGACGACCUCAUGGACAUCGAGAAGUCCUACAUGGACGACGCUAGGUCCUGCUUCUGGGUGGCCGAGUCCGGCGGCCGGGUCAUAGGCAUGGUGGGCGUCCAGCCGGCCCGGGACUCGGAGAAGGUGAUGGUCCUGAGACGUCUGUCGGUUGCCAAGGACCAGCGUUUCCGGGGGGUGGCGCGGUCCCUGUGCGCCGCGGUCAUUGACUUUGCCCGGCAGCGGGGGUGCGAGAGGGUGAGCCUGGAGUCCUCCAUGAUUCAGCGGGCCGCUCACAAGCUGUACGAGGGCAUCGGCUUCAAGAAGACCGGCGACAAGGUCUUCCCGACGUGGUUUGGGAUGUUCUCCAACUUCUCUGUCCUCACCUAUACCUACGACCUAUAACGAGUCCCCGGCAACCGAGCCGCCGGCAGCCACGGCAACGCCGCCUCCGACCGGCCAGAUGUCAGCUGAACCCUACCCUUGUGAGAAGUACUUCUGCCGAAAGAGGACUUGUAACCCCCCCCCGUAUGCCCCCCAAAUCCAGUAAAACACCAGGAGCAGAAAGAUCUCCAAACCAUGAUGGGGCCAAUGGGGGCCGCGGCUCGUGAGACGCCUUCUGGAGAACGUGGGGCUUCCACACCGGACCGUCCUCGUUCUGGGUUACGGAGCAGAACGUCAGGGCUCUGAGGAAAGAUGCCACGGACUGCCGCGGGGCUCUAGAACACGGGGCGGGUGGAGAUGAUCCAGAAACAUCAGCCGAGCAGGAGGCGGGGGUGGGAGGUUUGCACCGCAUUUGCACUGUAUUUGAACGGAUUUUUGCACCGUUUCUUGCCCCGGAUUAUUGUAGAAAAGCCACCGUGUGACCCCGGUGGGGGGGGCGCAUGUUUUUUUUUUUAAGGUCUAUGUUUUGGGUCUUUUCAGUAAAAGCCGCGCUGAGACUAUUCUGA